AUGUUUACAAUUAAAUUGAAUGAGCAGCUAGUAGCAACCUUAGAGUCGUUGAAGAACGAGUCUGUCGAAGUACAAGAUUUCCUCGAAAGUGGUAGCAUACCUAUGAGAAGUCUCUUGGCGCUUCGCAAUCAGUAUCGAGAAGAUGUGAAACUAACUCAACUAUUAAGUCCUCUUGAGUUCUGCUUCAAACCGAGACCUAUAAAAGGAUCUGAUUAUAGUGAGGAAUUCAAAAAGCAGCUUGGUCGUUUGCGAUUGGAACAGGAUGAGAAAGAGUACCAGGACAUGGUUAGAAGAGAUAAGUUAGCUACAUUUCAUGACGAUGAAGCUCUCACGCCAGCUCAAAUGAGCAAACAGGUGAAAGAGCAGAUCACGACCGUCUUCAAUAUAUUAGUAUCCGUGGUAUCGGUAGUUUUCGCCGCUUGGUAUUGGUCCGGGUCGUCUGCGGGAAUGAAGCCACACAACCGGAUAUUUCUGUGUCUCUUUGGUGGCAUCCUCAUCUUGGUAGCAGAGGUGGUAGUGUACAAUAGCUAUCUGAGGAAGAUUGACGAAGCAAGAGUGCGGGAAAGGAGCAAGAAAGAGGUCAAGACCGUCGUCGAAAAACUGUGA